AAGCGCAGCGACACAUCACACGGGCUCAACAGUGUAGUUGGUGUUCCUCGCAUCUGCGCCCAUGGCAGCCGCAGCUGCAGCAGCAGCAUGAUCGCCACCACCACCACCUAGCUCCUCCUCUCCCCUCCAGAUUCCCAGCACUCUCUCCCUCUCUAGACCCCUCUCUCUCUCUCUCUCUCUCUCUCUCGCUCUAGGCCUCUAGGGGGUUGUCGGCGUGCGCACGCGUACACGCGCGCGCGGGGGGGGGGGGGGGGGGGGGGGAAGAGGAGAGGAGGCCUGCAAAGCUGGCGCCUGCUGCUGCUGCGCCUGCGCCCUGCCUCGCCCAAAACAGUGGAGAUUCCCGUAUCCAUUUCCCAAUUAUGGGGCGGGGCGAGGAGGCUAGGAGGAGGAUAGGGUGAGGCGGCUCUUCACUUCUUCAGAGGUGGCAGGCCAUUCUGCUUCUCUCGCCAUUGGAGUGCUCCGGGUGAGGUGAGGUGAGCGGCUCGAGAUCCUGCCAAGAUCAGCUCCUUGGCCUGGGGGUGGAGGACAGGUGGUAUCUUGUGCCGUCUUUCUUGAGUUCUUGCGGUGGUUUUCUUUUUUUGAAGUUUGUUGGUUUCUUUUCUUCUUUUUUUUUUUGGGUUGGUUCGUGAUUUUUUUGUUGUUGUGAUGGCGGCUGAGUUGUUUGUUUAGUCUGUUCUUGAUGUUUGCUUAGUGGUGGUACUGAUGUGUGGGUAGGGUUCGUGUUCUUUUUUUUUUGCGUUUAUCUUCGCUUUCCUUUUUUUUUUCUUCUUCCCCUUUUGAGAUUUCGAUCGUAGCAUUGGUUAGCGUGUUGGUGGAUGUAGUUAAUCAAUCCCCUUUUAGGUGCCAAAUGUCAUGGAAAGCGAGCUCUUUGCCCUUGUUUAACCAAGCUUUUGAUCGCAGCAUUCAAGAAUUGGCUCCAUCUCCCCGCAAAAAAAAAAAGAAAGAAAAAGGAAUUGGCUCCAUCGAUUCAGUAAAAAAACCCGAAUGCCGCGGAAGUUAGCAUUGCUCAUCCGUGGAUUCGACGCUGGCACACUGGUUUCUUGGCUAGAGAGAAACAACGAUGUGCUUGCUGUUUCAGCCACCAAUUUCUUCCCGGCUUGUGAUUUUUGCCUUUUGUAUCUGCUUUCUUUUUCCUCUUUUGAGAAAGUACACGAUUCCUUUGCCUACCUUCAUUUUCAGUGCCGAUUACUAAAUUUGCAGUAGGUCCUACUCUCUCGCCGUGGUGUUGGACUAUCAUUGGGAGUAGUUGUCAUGUGGAUUUAUGCCCAUUUGCUGCGAUUAAAGAGAGAAUAUGUGCUACGCCUUAACGUUCAUGGACCUGAUUUCUUGAGGUCGCUGUAACUGUUGCCUUUGGAGAACAAGAGGAAGAGGGUGUGAGUGUGUGGAGACACUAACCGUGGCUUUUGCAGAUUCCUCUUAUCUGUUUUCCUUGCAUGGCAGUUGUGCCAUACAUUGAUACAGAUGGAUCAUAUUCUUCGUACAACCGGAUUGGAGUAUGCUCGAUCUGUCAUCCGUGGAGAACCCGAAAUUCAGAUUGCUUUUGUUUUGCGUGGCUCUCCUUUGCAGUUCUUGCGGGAACCUAUUCCCCCAAGAAUAUCAUGCUACUCCACAUCUUGUUGUUUAUUCUACUGAUUCCAUCUUUUCGUUCGGGCCAGGCCAGCUAGCUAGCCGCAAGCGCUGACUGUCUUGAUCAUUGAUUCCUCCUUCCACAAUAACUCUAAAAGAUUGGAAGCACAUUUGCAUGAUUGAUGGUUUUCCCGUCGCUUUCGGCAUUCGUUAUCUACCUGUCCAUUAGCCUUCAGGAUCAUGCUUUCUGACUUGCUUGUUCUCAUUCUUAGGGCCAUAACUUCAGCUUCUCCCAUCUAUAAUAGGUUCGCAAACUGUUCAGCACAAUGAAGCCUUCGGACGAUAAGGCGCAGCUCUCCGGUUUGGCGCAAUCAGAAGAAUCGUCACUUGAUGUGGAUCACCAGUCAUUUCCUUGUUCUCCAUCAAUCCAACCGGUUGCUUCUGGGUGCACACACACAGAGAACAGCGCAGCAUACUUCUUAUGGCCGACAUCCAACCUACAGCAUUGUGCAGCCGAGGGACGUGCAAACUACUUUGGAAACCUUCAGAAAGGAUUGUUGCCAAGGCACCCUGGUCGGUUGCCCAAAGGUCAGCAAGCAAAUAGCUUGCUUGACUUGAUGACUAUAAGAGCUUUCCAUAGCAAGAUAUUGCGGCGUUUUAGCCUCGGGACAGCAGUGGGAUUCCGCAUCAGGAAAGGGGAUCUAACAGAUAUCCCUGCAAUCCUUGUCUUUGUUGCUCGCAAGGUUCAUAAGAAGUGGCUUAAUCCAGCACAAUGUCUUCCUGCUAUUCUUGAGGGUCCAGGAGGUGUUUGGUGUGAUGUUGAUGUUGUUGAAUUUUCGUACUACGGUGCACCGGCUCAAACACCUAAAGAGCAAAUGUUCAGUGAGCUUGUUGAUAAGUUAUGUGGCAGUGACGAAUGUAUUGGUUCAGGCUCUCAGGUUGCAAGCCAUGAAACUUUUGGUACUUUGGGUGCAAUUGUGAAACGGCGCACUGGCAACAAGCAGGUUGGUUUCCUCACUAACCAUCAUGUCGCGGUUGACUUGGACUACCCUAAUCAGAAGAUGUUUCAUCCAUUACCACCCAAUCUUGGGCCUGGCGUUUAUCUUGGAGCUGUUGAAAGAGCAACUUCUUUCAUCACAGAUGACGUUUGGUAUGGAAUCUAUGCUGGAACAAACCCAGAUAUGCCGCCCCAUUAUGGAUUUGCAGAGACAUUUGUACGAGCUGACGGUGCAUUUAUCCCAUUUGCUGAUGACUUUGACAUUUCCACCGUCACGACUGUAGUUAGGGGAGUCGGUGACAUUGGGGAUGUCAAGGUUAUAGAUCUGCAGUGUCCGCUCAAUAGCCUCAUAGGGAGGCAAGUAUGCAAAGUUGGCAGAAGCUCUGGUCACACAACUGGGACUGUGAUGGCCUAUGCCCUUGAGUACAAUGACGAGAAAGGAAUAUGCUUCUUCACAGACAUCCUUGUUGUUGGUGAGAACCGCCAAACAUUUGAUUUGGAAGGUGAUAGCGGAAGCCUUAUUAUCCUGACUAGCCAAGAUGGUGAGAAGCCGCGUCCAAUUGGAAUUAUAUGGGGUGGCACAGCAAAUCGUGGGAGGUUGAAGCUUACAAGUGAUCAUGGCCCUGAAAACUGGACUAGUGGGGUUGAUCUUGGCCGUCUACUCGACCGUCUGGAACUUGAUAUUAUCAUUACCAAUGAAUCACUCCAAGAUGCCGUGCAGCAGCAAAGAUUUGCUUUGGUGGCCGCCGUUACCUCAGCUGUUGGGGAGUCUUCCGGGGUGCCUGUCGCCAUCCCGGAAGAGAAGAUCGAAGAGAUCUUCGAGCCAUUGGGGAUCCAAAUCCAGCAACUGCCUCGCCAUGACGUGGCGGCCUCUGGAACUGAAGGGGAGGAGGCAUCCAACACGGUGGUCAAUGUGGAAGAGCACCAGUUCAUCUCAAACUUCGUCGGUAUGUCGCCCGUGCGCGACGACCAAGACGCUCCGAGGAGCAUCACCAACCUGAACAACCCCUCCGAGGAAGAACUCGCCAUGUCGCUCCAUCUGGGUGACCGAGAGCCCAAGCGGCUCCGUUCGGACUCCGGAUCAAGCCUUGACCUGGAGAAAUGAAGUGCAAAAAGUGCUGGUUCUGAAUUUCUGAUUCUGGUUCUUCAGAGUUUAUUGUCAUUGUGGACAGCCAAAAGUAGUAGUAGAUCAAAAGACCUCAUAUGCAGUUCAGAAAAAUUGAACCUGCAGUAAGCUUCGGUGAGCUUGAAUGGCUUUGGCAAGCAUAUCAUGUAACAUGAUGUAUUAUUAUUACUACAAUUGAUUCAGCCCCUUGUAGGAUGUUAGGUGCUAGUCCUGCAGUUUUGCUGUGCUCAUGAUCGUGAGACCUGAUAUACACCAUUGCCGGAUCCCUUCCUCUUUGUAGAAGAAGAAGAACAAUGUGCAGGGAAUUAUGAUAAUGAUGAUCUUUGAUCUAUUUCCCCCUAUUAUUAUUUACCAAUUAUCAGGUUUCAA